CUGUUCCACCACCGUGGAGAGUCUCUCCUCAAAUCUCUGCCAGGACUUUUAUGUGAUCCGUGUGAACCGCCGUGAUAAAGGAUACGCGGGAUAUUUACUAUUAUUUCUACUGUUGUGUGAACUCUCUGUGACUCCAGAGAUUAAGUCCUGCGGAAAUGCCAGGACAAUGACCAUGUGCUGAAUGUGUUGAGUGAUGCCAAGCAAAGUGCAGGCAAAAUUGAUCUCUUGUUUAUCUCUCCGUGACACUGUGCAAUUCCUCAGCGUGAGUCAGUGUUGGGGUGUGAUUGACCCGGAGAGUGCGUGAACCUGUGGCAUGUGCCCGCGGAAAUUGUAACCCAGCCACACAAUGCACACAAUCUUCACGGAUCAGAACACUUUCUCGCGCCACUACGCUCACGCCCAGCCGGGCUAUCCGGGCGCCGCCGGGGCCACAAUGGGUCCGGCUCCGCACUAUGCAUACGAUCAGUUCUCGCGCUACAGCUAUCCCAGCAAUUAUGCCCUCACGAGUCCCCAUCAUCAGAACAAGGAGAUGGUGAAGCCGCCGUAUUCGUACAUCGCCCUCAUCGCCAUGGCCAUCCAGAAUGCGCCGGAGAAGAAGAUCACCCUCAAUGGGAUUUAUCAGUACAUCAUGGACAGAUUUCCCUACUACAGGGACAACAAGCAGGGCUGGCAGAACUCCAUCCGCCACAAUCUCUCACUCAACGAGUGCUUCGUGAAGGUCGCGAGGGAUGACAAGAAGCCGGGCAAGGGCAGCUACUGGACUCUGGAUCCGGACUCGUACAAUAUGUUCGACAAUGGAUCGUUCUUGCGACGGCGACGGAGAUUCAAGAAGAAGGACGCGCUGCGGGAGAAGGAGGAGAGCCUGAAGAGGCAGAAUUUGGCGCUGGAGGACAAGAUGACGGACAUCAAGCCCAUCAAGCUGGUGACCAAUGCCAUGCUGGACGGUGGGAAGCACCAGCAGUUCAAGAAGGAGCCCGGCCUCGAUCUCGCGACGCAGUGCAUGACCAAGGAGGGCCUCACGGGCGCCUCCAUCCUCAAUGCCUGCCACGACACGCUGGCCUCGCAGAUGAACCACCUGAGCGCCGGGACGGAGCACGGCUUCUCCGUGGACUCCCUCAUGAACGUCUACAACCCGCGACUCCACCAUUCCGCCUACUCCGCCGCGUACCACUUCAACGAGGACAACCUCGCCGGCUCGCAGAUGCGCCACCACCACACCAACCACCAUCCGCACGGCGGCUGGUACACGCCUGACACGCCGCCGGACGCGAACGCCAACGGCACCGGCGGCGCCUCGGCGCCGUCCGUGGCCAUCGUGUCGUCGGCACCGCCCGCCGGCUUCCGCGACAUGGUCGUCUUCGAGCACAGCCAGCACUGCCAGAUGGACUCCGGGAGUCCCGGCGGCGGCAGCCUGGCGUCCGGCAGCCCGCCGGUGCUCGCCGGCGCGGCCACGGCCCACUUGCCCACCAACCUAGGCCACUACCGACCCCACGUGGGCUACUACCAGGACUGCGUGAAGUACGGAGUGUAAAAGCCUCGAUCGGCGGAAGCCUCCUGAGCAAGUAAGCGAGUUUUCACUACAUUCAGACUCUUGAGUCGCUUUGCGAAAUUAUGGUUUUCCGUGAAAACCGGAGAGACGAUUAAAUCUAGAUCAUUGGAGCAAUUUUCAGUCACACACAGACAUGUUAAACUUCAAAC